AUGUUGAGAGUGGCCGGAAGGAGGUUGACUUCUCUCUCGUGGCGGUCGGGUCAGCUAUCCCCGGCUGCCUCUUACGUAAGCAGAAAUCCAAUUAAUGGCAUCGAUUCUUGCGAUAAUUCCACCAGAUCCGUCUCCUCUCCCCACCAUUUAUCCCCUACUUCCGCUUUCCUCCAUCAAAUUGUGGGGUUUUCUUCCGGUUCGAUUGCCCCAGCAGCACAUGAGAUGGGUUUAAUCUCAGAUUUACCAGCCACAGUGGCAGCUAUCAAGAAUCCUAGUCCAAAGAUUGCCUAUGAUGAGCACAACCAUGAGCGUUAUCCACCUGGCGACCCCAGCAAACGUGCAUUUGCUUACUUUGUUUUGACUGGAGGCAGGUUUGUGUAUGCCUCAUUGCUCCGUCUCCUGGUUCUUAAAUUUGUGUUGAGCAUGUCUGCCAGUAAAGAUGUUCUUGCUCUUGCCUCCCUUGAGGUUGACCUAUCCAGCAUUGAACCGGGGACAACUGUCACUGUCAAGUGGCGUGGGAAGCCAGUUUUCAUCAGACAUCGAACUGAAGAGGACAUCAAAUUGGCCAACAGUGUUGAUGUUGGUUCCCUUCGUGAUCCACAGGAGGAUGCUGUCAGGGUUAAGAAUCCUGAAUGGCUUGUGGUGGUUGGGGUUUGCACCCAUCUGGGGUGCAUCCCACUACCAAAUGCUGGUGAUUUUGGUGGUUGGUUUUGUCCGUGCCAUGGUUCCCAUUAUGACAUCUCUGGAAGGAUUCGUAAAGGACCUGCACCAUUUAAUUUGGAGGUGCCCACUUACAGCUUCUUGGAAGAGAAUAAGUUGAUGAUUGGAUGA